AUGCCGGAUUUAAACAAGAAGCUAGAGAAUCUCUCACUACAAUUCUCCAACGACCAACAAACUCUAAACGAUCUCAUCACGUCAAGAUCCACAUUGGAGACCCAACUACAAGAAAACAAAAUUGUCCAAGCGGAAUUUGCCCAACUAUCAGCAUCGGACAAGAUAUAUAAAUUGACAGGACCCAUUUUGUUGCCGCAGGAUUAUAAUGAAGCGUCAAUGAAUGUGGAUAAGAGGAUUGAGUUUAUUGAAGGGGAGAUUGAGCGGGUUGAAACCAAGAUUGGCCAAAAGGAAGGUGAUUUGGAGAAAAUUAGGGCGGAGUUGGUUGCUCUUCGAACACAAGCUUGA